UGGGGUCGGCUCUGCACACGCACCCCCUCACCUCGGGAGGCCCGCGCCGCUCAGCCCGCGCCCCGCACUCAGGGCGGCUCCGCCCCAGGGCGCGCUCGGCCGCACCCACUUCCCCGGGGAGGCGCCCCCACCGCGGCCUGCUGACGUCACAAGGCACCCCGCCGCCGCCGCCCGCGCCCGGCCCGCCCCCCGCGUCCGGCUCCCGCUCCCGCUCCCGCCAGCGCGGCCGAAGAUGGCGAGCCCCGCGCCCGUGCCCGCCGAGCCCCCGGAUCCCCCGGAGUUCGCGCCCGCAGCCGCCCCGCAGCCGCCUCCAGCACAGCCGGGGGACUCGGCCGGGCCCGCGGCGGCGAGCGCGGGGCGGCAGGUGCAGGAGGCCGCGGGUGCGGUGGCCGCCGCGGUGACCUGGCUGCUCGGGGAGCCGCUGCUGUGGCUGCGCGGCCCCGCCCGCGGGCUCCGGGGCUGGAAGAGGCCGCUGCGCAGCCUGCUCGCCUUCCUGGCCGCCAACCUGCUGUUCUGGUUCCUUGCUCUUACUCCUUGGAGAGUGUACCACCUGCUUUCUGUCGUGAUCCUGGGCCGGGUGAUUAUGCAGAUCAUAAAGGACCUGGUUUUGUCCAGAACGAGAGGUGCACAGCUGUGGAGAAGCCUCACCGAGAGGAAUGGGAGAGGAGUAUUGAGCAGGAGGCAUGAUAGGAAGAGAUUCACCUGCAGUACCGCUUCACCCCAUACCCAGAGGAUUCGGUGUCAUGCCUUGGGAGCGACGGAAGGUGUGAACAUGCUUCACUUUGCUGUGAUACCUGAUGGAAGCAAGAUGGCUUCCCAGAAAUGCUGGGAAGUUAUCGAUUCCAAAGCAGAGGAGAGACCAAGGCUCAGCCACUGUAUCGCAGAAUCAUGGGUGAAUUUCAGCAUCUUCCUUCAAGAGAUGGCCCACUUUAAACAGCAGAACCCUGGCAAGUUUUGUCUCCUGGUCUGCAGUGUGUGCAUGUUUUUCACCAUCUUGGGGAGCUAUGUCCCAGGGAUCAUACUCAGCUACCUACUGUUACUGUGCGUAUUUUUGUGUCCGCUGCUCAAGUGUAAUGACAUUGGACAAAAAAUCUACAGCAAAAUCAAGUCACUUGUGCUGAAGCUAGAUUUUGGCAUCAUCGAAUAUAUUAACCAAAAGAAACAUGAGCAAACUGAAGCCAAUAAAGAGAAAAGUCACAAAGAUGACAGUGAAUUAGACUUCUCAGCUCUUUGUCCCAAGAUCAGCCUCACGACGGCUGCCAAGGAACUGUGUGUGUCUGAUACAGACGUUUCUGAGGUGUCCUGGACGGACAACGGGACUUUCAACUUAUCAGAAGGCUACACACCACAGACAGAUACUUCAGAUGAUCUUGAUCGACCUGGUGAAGAAAUUUUCUCUGGAGACCUUCCUGAUUUCCCGUCUCUGGAAAAUGGUGCAGCAACGAAUGAUGAAGAGGAGUCGAGUCUGGGCCUGCCCACCGAACACAGGAGAAGAAGGAGACAGGGGGACAAGGCCACCACCCAGCCGUCAGCUGCCGGACUCACACUGCCCCUGAGUAGCGACCCCAGCCUAGCCUUGAUGUCACACCUGGCUGGGGACGUCAUCACAGCUGCGGUGACAGCGGCCAUCAGAGACCAGAUAGAGGGUGUCACCCUGCAGAUGGGGUCUCGGGCAGCGCCCGACCCAGUGGAGGACACAGACACAGAUGAUGGGGAUGACUUUGAACUCCUGGACCAGUCUGAGCUUGAGCAGAUCGAGAGCGAGUUAGGACUGUCACCAGACAAGGGCACAGAUGCUCAGCAGGGCAAGAAGUCUUCAGGCUUCCUCUCCAGCCUGCUCAGGGGAGGCCACUAACCUGGGAAUCAGCCUGUCUAACAGAGCACAGAUAAACUGACCCUUCAGACACCCCACCCCCCCACCCACAUUCAAACAAAGAACAAAAAAAGUUAAAAAAAAAAAAAAAAAAAGAGAGAGAGAGAUGACAAAAGAAAAAAAAAGAAAAAUUGAACUGUGAACUUCACUGAUUACUUUUGAUUUAUUAUUUUGGGGGGAGGGGUGUCUUAUUUUCUGUCGCCCUUCUGCAGCGAAUUCACUGGAGACUUCUCAGUGGACACGGCUAGACUGGUCUUUCUAAUAGUCCUUUUAUGUCAUUAGCAUGGAAAUGAACUUUUCAUAUAUCUCUAUCUAUCUGUCUGUAUACAUAUACUGUGCUGUCCCGAAUUGGAUGUUAGGGGCUGUUUUUAAAAGCAAAAUAAGCAAAUACCACCAAAUUUCAGAGUUCCUCCUCCCAGUUAUCCCUGACUUCUUUCUAGUUGGUUUUCCCAGCAUGCACGCGUUUAUCGCGACGCACUGAAAUACCCGUGGUUAACUGUGAGCGAUGUGCUGUGUUGGAUCCUACUGUUUAGGAACAGCGAAAGACAAAGCAAGAACUUUUGGUAGAUUUGGAAGGUUGAAAGAUAAGAAUUAUGCAAGAUACCCCUUGAGUGGAAGGACUCCAGGAAAUACCUGUGAAAUGAGUUUCCCAGGGAAAAAGAUCUUAAAUAUAUUUAGCUACUUUGAGUUGUCUGAGAUGAUCCAUUUUUAUGUUAUUCCUGCAUCUAGGGAUUUAGGGGUGCUUUCAAAGGACUUAGGGUUUCACUGUCUGCUAGUCGUCUUCUUGCUGUGGGUGGGAUAGUCCCAGAAAAAACAAGUUAUGAUCUGCCACCAGGAUAGGGUACGUCACUGGAGCUUGCUUGGACUAUUUGUGACAGGGAUGUGCGAGGACAGGCUUUAUUCGGCUUCAUCUCAGCCAGACGGACCCUUCCUCUUUCCCCUUCCAUCUGGGAUAAAUGUCUCGUGAAGCUGUGACACUCCAUCCUGAGGUGUCCUAGCAGUGGCGUGUCCUCAGUCUGCUGAAGAAGGCUAAAUGUGUCGCCUACUUCUUAUUGGGAAGGUAGCAGAGAUCAUGCCCAUUAUUUUAAACGUCUUAGAUCACUACUGAACUAGGCCCAGGAUUUUACCAAAGGGCACAAGGGCAGGAAAAACCAAGCUACUUUUGCUUCCUUUUUUUUUUUUUUCUGUCAUGUAAAUUUUUGAAUAGCAUCGAGGGACCAGGUCCAUGCAUGCCAGCCAUGUCCUCAGUUAUUCAGGGAUGGCUGCUGGCAUGUUUGCAGGUUCACACCAAGACCUCCAGAAAACAGGACAAUCCAAGGAUAUAGGAAAUCUCUCCACUCCACCCCCACUUCCCUAUACUUUGUCCCUCUCCUUUUGUAUUUCUAAAGACUAAUGGUCGGUAAUCUGCCACUUUAAAAUAUAGUGUCUCUUAUUUAUUUUUCUUCUUUCGGAGGUAUUAAAAAUAUCUAGACUGAAAUUUGCCAAAUGUUAAAGGGAAAGGAGUUACCGAAGACCUUGAACACUUUGCGUGUGUGUGUGUGUGUGUGUGUGUGUGUGUGUGUGUGUGAUCAGCUCUGCUUCCGUGUCAUUAGUGCCUCACAACUGUGUUGGGUGUCGUUUUUUGGUACAAAGUGAGCCCGUGCCUUCAUUUUCUUGCCCAUGUGGAUACAAAUGAACCCCAUGUUGUUUGACCUAGGAGCUGUGUGGGUUUGGGGAGGGACCUACCUGACUUCUGUUCAAAUAAAAAGAGUUUCUGGAUGUGCAGAGAAAAUAUACAGUCACAUAUUUAUAAAAAACAAAAACACAUGUUGCUGGGCCUCUCUUAUUGGUGUGUGUGUUGUUUCACUCCAGAACACUCAACCAGGAGGCCACACAUGUGGGAAGGUCAUUUCAACUUCUUCACCGAAGGGAAAGCAAGAAAUCCAGUAAUCUGGAGAGUCAGGGCAGAUUUUAUGAACUGAUGAAGAGGUUGACUGGAUAAACAAUAGAGCUAAAAUGAAAUGUUAGCAACUAGGAAAGAAGUUUAGGGAUAGAGAUGGGCUAAGGCAUAGAAAAAUAUGUUAUCAGCACUGAUAAGGAGACAUAGCAGCUCUGUGGACAAUAGAGGAAGUCUUCUGGGGGUAAUUUAUUAAACUAAUAGAUAACAGGAAUCAUGGUCAUUCUCUCCUUUGUAUUCCUGCAAUUCCCUCCCUCCCUUCCUUCCUCCCUUCCAUCCUUCUUUCCUUCCUUCUACCAGAACACUGUUCAGCUUUGGCUUCUGGUGGUGCUGGUGAUCACAGAGUUAGAAAAAGAGGACAGGGGGUCGGGUGGUGGUGCAGUGGGUUGAGCGCAUGUGGCGCGGAGCGCAAGGACCCACGUAAGGAUGCCGGUUCGAGCCCCCGGCUCCCCACCUACAGGGGAGUGGCUUCACAGGCGGUGAAGCAGGUCUGCAGGUGUCUAUCUUUCUCUCCCCCUCUCUGUCUUCCCCUCCUCUCUCCAUUUCUCUCUGUCCUAUCCAACAACCAACAACAUCAACGAUGGCAACAAUAAUAACCACAAGGAGGCUACAACAACAAGGGCAACAAAAGGGGGGGAAAAUGGCCUCCAGGAGCGGCGGAUUCAUGGUGCAGGCACCGAGCCCAGCAAUAACCCUGGAGGAAAAAAAAAAGAAAAAGAAAAAGAGAACAUAGGAUGAAACUUGGACUGGAGGUGGUGUACUUGGCCAAAGCAAUGAACCCAGGGGGAAGAUAUGGGGGGAAAGGGGGUCUGGUAUCCUUGAUGGGGGGGGCAGAUAAGAGUAUGCAGUAGACACCUGUUACACAGAACUAAGAAACCAUACACUUGUAUAGACAAAUGUGCUGUAAUUCAUUAACCCCAUCCCAAUAAAAUAAAAAAUAAAAACCUGGGACCUCAGAGCCACCA